AUGCGUGAAAAUCAAGAUGACGUGAGCCCGCAAGUAUGGAAAGAGUGGAUCCUGGAGGCAAUCAGACGGAUCCGGUUUCAGAAACAACGGCCGAGCAUACAGCGCAUCUGCCAAGCCAUCGGUAGCCAUCACAAGUUUCACGAGGACAUUGUCGCGGAAAAGCUGGAGGAAGCGGUCGAGGCCGGCUCGGUGAUCAAAGUGUACAACAAGGGACUGCACUCGUACAAGGCGCCAACAUCGACGCAGCGGCGCAUCGUUAACGUGACGAACGACAGCAAUCUGUCGCGGCUUGUGGCCAAAGCGGUGCGCGAUCUCGGAGAGUUCGAUGGUUCCACACAAAAGUCCAUCGAAAACUAUGUGCAGCAAACGAACAAUCUGCACAUCUCGCCUGAUACCGACUUCAAGAGUGUGAUCCGAAAUUCGCUCCGCAUUGCGCUCGGCGAGGACACGGUCAUGCAGGAAGGCCGACUGUACAAACCCGGGCCGGUGUUCAAACCGCUAACGAAACGCAAAUCAACGUCACCGAAAAAGCGCGGCGCCAAGCACUUCAAUCGUUCCGGCGAAGGCAGUGUUUGUGUGGUGUGCGUGGACGCCGAUGGAACCGUUUCCGACGACGACACAGAACCGCUGAGCCUGUGCCGAGGCUGUGGUGCCGGUUUGCACGAUAGUUGUGCAACCAACACCGACGGCAGCAGUAAAUGUCCACCGUCAGUCCGAUUGUCGCGAUUGCUCGAAAAAGGCAACGUUUGGCACUGCGAGGAAUGCAAGACGUGCGACGCUUGUGACGAGGACGACGACGCGAAGGGCGUCUGUUUGUUGGAUUGUUGGAGCUGUAAGAAAAAUUUUCACCUUUCCUGCCUAGAUCCGUCUCUGCCGGACACUAAGAAGUAUAAAGUUCCAUGGAGAUGUUCCGAAUGCUUGAACCAUUCGAAGGACAGUGACAGAAAAUCGGGCAUCAUGCGACCAGUGGCCAGUGAAAAGAAACGUAAAAGGUUGCUCACGGGGGAUACCGAAUCGAAGGGAUGUGCCGAUACCCCGAGUCUAUCAGUACCUUACCGAAAUCCUUAUGACUCACCGAUCGAGGAUGCGAUAGAGAAACAGACGCUUCCCGAUGGUGUUACGCUGCAAGAUGCCGAACUUUACAAGCACGUAAGGGAACAGUCCACGAAGAUCGUUGUAGGCGUAUCCCGAUCGUCGAACAAACAUCUCAGCACCAACAGUCACAGUAGUGCCGAUCGAGGGCGACACUUUUCGCCCGAACGUCCCAGUCAUCACCACCACAACCACCAUAAUCAACAGCUGGCGCUGGCAGCGAGCGGUGGCAGCAUUCUGCAGCAUUCACCAUCGAAGCUCAUGGCAGCGCAGGAACGUUGCCCAGCGGCGAUCGAGUUUGGAAAGUACGAAAUCGAAACCUGGUACUCGAGUCCGUUUCCCCAGGAGUAUGCUAGACUUCCCAAGCUGUUUUUGUGCGAGUUCUGUCUGAAGUACACGAAAAGCAAGGCUGUUCUGCAGCGACACCAAGACAAAUGCUCGUGGCGCAACCCUCCUGGGACGGAAAUUUACCGGCACGAUGGUGUGUCGGUUUUUGAGGUGGACGGCAACGCCAACAAAAUUUACUGUCAAAACCUGUGCCUACUGGCGAAACUGUUUCUCGACCACAAAACCCUUUACUACGACGUGGAACCGUUUCUGUUCUACGUGCUCACGCGCUACGAUCGCAAGGGCUACCACCUGGUCGGUUACUUUUCGAAGGAAAAACACUGUCAACAGAAGUACAAUGUUUCAUGCAUCAUGACGAUGCCGCAGUACCAGCGGCAAGGCUAUGGUCGGUUUCUGAUCGACUUUAGCUACCUCUUGAGCCGAGAAGAGGGUCAACCGGGUACCCCAGAAAAGCCGCUCUCCGAUUUGGGGCGUGUGUCGUACUACGCGUACUGGAAGUCGACCGUGCUGAACUUCCUACAUGAUCAUCGAUCCCGGACCUCUGGUGGUCGGACACCAUUUUCGCUGCGGCAAAUCUCACAGGAAACUGGCAUGGUCAUCCCGGAUAUCGUGCUCGCGCUUCAGCUGUUGUCGUUUAUCAAGUACCGCAAGAUUGAUCGUGGCGGCGGUUUCAAGGUGUACCAGCCGCUGGUCUGCAUUGACUGGAGGCAGGUGGACAAGCAGCACGAGCGAAUGGUGCGGGCAAGAAUGCGACUGCGCAUCGAAUCGGAAUGCCUUCGGUGGACGCCACUGUUUUUCACGUCGGCCGCAUCGUUCUCGGAACAGGAUACUAGUCCAGCGCUGGACGUAAGUGGAACUUUGGACGGAGGUGUGGUAAAAACUAAAAACGAAACGUGCAGCACUCCAAAGCUAGAGGAAUCGGAUCGUGAAGAAGAUGCAAAUGUGUGUGCUGAAAAGAUGCCCGAGACAAGUGCUUCAGUUAGUUCUUCUCAAAAACAACAGCCACCACGUGAGAUGGGAAAAAGGAAACGCCGUGAAAAGGGUCUUUCCCCAGUGCCGGAACCUGCUGUACGAAUGACGAAAGAAGUCACGGGCAGUGGAGUUGCUCACGCUACGCGUAGCAAAACUCCGCUUGAGGAACAUUCCGAUGACGAUGAUUCACCGGUCAUCGGCGUGCGGGGUGCCGCUAAUUUAGGCCGAAAACGCAUUCGGGGCACGGAACAGGAAUCCUCAAAGCGCGAUGCUGGAAACACUUUCGAGAGGCUUCGUAAACGACGUCGGUUGGAUUCGGAGGAGAAUGUGGAAGAAAAAUCCAGUAGCAGUUAUGCGCCGAAGGAUUCCUCACCCUUGCUGCCCCGCAGUGGUGGCCUCAGGCGGAAACGGCUAAACCUUCGUUUGUCGGACUCCGAACAGGAAGGCGCAGAACCCAAACUAUUACCUAUAACCCCUGUUAUCAGAAGCAGAACGUCGGACCAGAGGGUUAAAUCGUUGAAAGAUGAGACAACCAGUGGACACAACAACUUGGAUCUGCAUGAUCAUCAGCAGCGCACGGUGGAUCACGAGAGGGUGAAGACACGCGAUGCGCAAAACACACUGGCGAGCGUAAAGCGAGGGUUGGGAAUGCGCAACUCAAAGCGGCUAGCUAGUGCCAGCAGUCCGGCAAAUAGCACUGAACCGCUGGAAGCAACAACGCAACCGGCUGAAGUAGCUGCGAUGAUGACGGACGAAAAAUUGAAACCCUUUCGAUCAAUCUCAGCGGCGGGAUCGACACGACAAAGACAUCACAACACAGUAGUUGAAGCAUCGACUGCGGUCGAUAGUAGUUCCUUAUUGCCUGCGGCUACCAACGCUUCUGUGUCACCUGGUAAGAAAUCUUCAGUCAUACCAGUCAUCACACCACAGGCUACUGGCGGCAACACGAACAACAAAUCUCGCCAUAAACCACCUCCGGCAACUGUCGCAGGGCGCCAUAAAAAGGCAAAACAGGGCAAGAAGACGAUCGUCAGUAUGGGCGAUGCGAGUGAAAGCUCGUCGGGUGAAGCGGAUGACGAGAUGGAGGAAGAAACGCGACGUCCACUCCCGACAGUCGCGGCUGAAAAAUCCCCGAGCAAGAGGCAACCUACGAACAAUGCGACCGCCAGCAAGUUUGGCGUUGUUUCACCCAAGGUUUCACCCCGGAUCGAGGAAAAGAAACAAAGUCCGAAAAAGAACGAACAAACCGAUGGUGUUAUCCUACAGGCCCCGGCAGCGCAGGCCGGGAAGUUGGACGGUGCUGAGCCGAAGGAAGAGAAAAAAUCAACGGACACCAGCUCUGGUGAUGGUUCGGGGCCAAAAGUGAACCAAACAACCGCCCACGGAACUAGCGUCAUAAACGAAUCCCUCGUGAACGGUGUGGAAAUCAACGAAAAGAUUUCGGUGAUAACAGAGUCAAAAAACUGCUUGAACGUUACUAACAACGCGGCAGUCCGUAACUUAGCGAGUGGUGAGGCUGCACCGAAGCAACCAUUGGAAAGUGGAAGAACGGCAGGAAAUGUUGAUGAUUCUGUUUCGGUAGCUGGUAAACCGCCGGCCGACGAUACCAUCAAAGGUGCUUCGGACGCCGCUGGCGAGCCCGUUAGAGUGGAGGAACCAGUGGGACGAUCGUCGAGCAUUCCUGCAGUGACCGACGUUGGUGUGGCACACGGAGGAACAGCGGUUAGCAAUACCGCCAGUGUGCUGAAAAUUAACGAAAACUACGAUAAGCAUCAACACCACCACCACCAUCAGGAGGGUCGUCGACCGAAGGUGAUUGUUGACUUACCUCCGUCCAACGCCGUUGGUGAGUCUCCGAGAACCGAAGAAGCGUCAAAAGUUGAGCCAGCAAUCGACACGAGGAGCCAACAGCAAGAUGCUGCCGCUAGGGUGAAUGAAGUUUCUGUCGCCACUGGCGGUGCGAACACUAUACAAUCCGACGAUAAACAUUCCUCCAAAAGCAAUAACGGCGAGCAGCAGGGAAUUAUUCAACAAACGCAACACCAACAUCAGUCGUAUCACGCGGCGCCCCACCAGCAACAGUCCUCGUCGAUGGCCAGUGGGAUGAAUGUGGCCGUCCAUGAAAUGGCGAUGCACAAAAAGAAGUUUAUGAAGACCAUGGAAGCGGAUCCAUCGUCGACUAAACCAACGGUGGAUGCACUGCAACCUGCGCCAACAUCGGUUGCUGUUGACCAGUCAGAUCCAACCGAUCUUCUGUCCGUUAUCAAACAGAACGACGAAGUAACGGGCGUUAAAAUGGCUAACAGUAGCGGGCAGACCAUUGGUACGCAACCAUCACAGCAAACACAGGCAGCAGUUGACGGUAGUGCAGUUGUGGACACGCAAAAUAAAGAGCUUUACGAUGCUUCAACCCCAGGUGGCUUAGAUGCGAAAAAGGAAAAAUCGAUGAAUAGUACAAACCCUGGCCACGGCCUCCAACAAGCAAGUAUACCGGCUUCAAAGGCUGCAAAAAACGAACCAACGAAUGCGCCACUGGAGAAACAGAUGAAACUGGGCGCCCAUCACACAGGUAACGGCGUUCCGCAAUCUACGUCCUCCGCAAUGGCAAUCGUUACGAGUGCGGCAGGUAACUCCAUCGUCACUGAAGCAAGGAACAGCACCUACGGAGAGGUUGUCAGUGGCACUCCGACCAAGCGCGGAAAGGAUAAAUCUGCUAUCAACAGUGCCAACAGUGCCGCUGCCAGCUGCGCCACCACUAAUAGCUGUGCCUUGGGCACAUCGAUGAACCUUUCCGAAGACACCAAUGCACAUGUUGUGGCUAAGCCCGCCAAAGGAUCUUCAUCGGUGACGGCUGACCAGCAACAGCAGCAACAGUCCGUUAAACGAUCCAGUUCGCAGACGAACGCCGCUACCUCAAAGAGUGAGUCGUCGUCGGCGGCGGCUGCGAUGACGUCUUCAUCAGUUGUCUCGAGCAAGCGGCAGGAUAGUGGCCGGAAGGAAGCGAUGAAAAACGUAGCCUCUUCGUACGGGGGAAACGGAGUGGGACCGAUGGCAACGGCAGUUAAUAGUACAAUGAAUCAUUGCAAAGUGGCCCCGGAUCAGCAGUACCAUAUGCCCAGUACCGGCAAAUCUAACAUGCCACAAAUGGACAGUACUGGUGGCGGAUCGUUGGGAGGGACAGGAAAUUCGAGUUCUAUCGCAGGUCCUAACGGUGGUGGCCCAAACAUGGGUCCGGUGGGAGGGAGCAUUGCGGUAAGCAUUGCCGGAGGAGGUGUCGUAACCGGCGGAAGUAUGAUGAUGUCCGGUCCGGGGAUGAUGGGCACCGCAAGUAAGCCGGGCUCGGAGUACAUGAUGAGCAUGAACUCGAAUGCGCCCUGCCGGCCAGAGAAACACACCCCAAAGCAUACGGCAAUGCACGAUCCAAAAACCACCAUCGAUCUGAACAAGGUGACCUCACAGUUUGCGGGCAUCAAUCAGUUGCCAAGUUAUGCCCCGUCGCAGUACUGGCAGCUUGAUCCCUACUACCACCAGGGCUACAACCUGUCCCAUCUCGAUACGGGCAAUCAGAAGUCACCCAACAAGUUUCACCUCGAUCUGGCCACCAGCAUGGCAUACAGCAGUUUCCCUUCCAAUCUGUACUCCACGUUUCAGCACCAAGAACAGCAGUACCAGCAGGUCCCAACGGCGCCGGCACCGACCCCUACGCCCUAUCAGGCGAAGGAGCGCUCUAACGUGAAGGCGGAUCGGAAGGACCAAGGUUCCGCAUCGAGCAACAAGCACGGAAAAUCGUCGAAAUCGUCCUCGGCUGCUGCGGCCACCGGUGACGAUAGCAGUGGUGGUGCCGGAAAGUUCAAGACCAGCAACCAAUCUGCGGAAGUUCAUCAUCUUGCACAUUCCACCCAGCAGCAGCAACAGCAACAGCAACAGCAACAGCAGCAACAACAACAACAACAGCAGCAGCAGCAGCAGCAACAGCAACAACAGCAACAACAGCAACAGCAGCACGGCCAACUCUGUCCCUCGCCGUACGUUGCGUCAGAUAGUUUACUGUGCUCGAAGGCCGUGGCUACUGCGAAUCAGUAUCAUCACCUGUCGGGCCAACUAGUGCAGCAUCCACAGCAACACCCGCAGCACCAUACCCAACAUCACCAGCAACAGCAUCAGCAUCUUCAGCAUCCCCAGCAACAACAGCAUCAGCAGCAUCCACAUCAACACGCCCAGCACCAACAUCCGCAGCACCAGCACCAGCAGCAGCAGCAACAGCAGCAUAAGGCGAUUCAGAAAGGCAAAAAUGAUUCCACCAACAAGCUGAGCGAUUCCUCGUGUAUGGUGGCGGCCACCAAGCAGCAAACUGCGACAGCGACCGAGCCACCUUCUUGUCAUGCGGCGGUUCAACAGCAGCAAACCCUUCAUCUGAUGAAGGCAACGUUCCCGGGGUCGGGCGAACCGGAUCUUCACUCGGACAGCAGCGCCACCGGCAAUCCGGCCGGUGAUAUGAAGCAAACGGCUUCCUCGAUCGGCGGUGGCGGACCUCCACAGAGCGAUGUACAUUCCAUCGGUGUGUACACACCGGAAUCGACCAGCAACUCGGUGACCAGCCUGCAUCAGUACGGUCAGUGCGAUAUCGACGUCAGCCAGCUCGGGCUCGAAUCGCCGGCGAGUAUAUCGAGCGAUAUGACUUCACAGAACUCGGCCGACGCGAUCCGGCCACCAAGUGUUGUUUCGCAGCACGUCGGAUCCUACUCGGACUGUUCCGUACAUCAGCAGCAGCAGCAGCAGCAGCAACAACAACAUCAACAGCACCAAACACAAAUGCAUAUGCAUACGCACCUCCAGGACUUACAUGCACACCUUCCGGAAACGAGUCCUCAGCAUGCGCAACAGCAGCAGAUGACAAUAAUCGCGAACAGCGGUGGUGCAGGUGGUGCUGGUGGCAACAACCGUGGGAAGCAACAUCCGGCCCACAUGGCGCAGCAACAGAUUCCACACACUGCGUCAGGCGGAGGUCGAAAUGCGAGUACGCAGCGUUCCACCACUCCGAAGGUGUCCCGCAACACACCGACCCCAGGCGGUAGUCAGCAGCAGCAACGACACCAGAGCCGCACUACGCCACCUGUCGUGAGCAACGUCAUUCAACCGAUCAUCAGUCCAGGUCAUCAUCAGCAACAUCAACAGCAGCAGCAGCAGCAGCAACAGCAACAGCAACAGCAACAACAACAGCAAGCCGCAAUGCAAGCGGCCAGUAUGAAUCAACAGCAACAACAGCAGCAGCAGCAACAGUUGGCCCUCCAGCAACAGAUGCACCAAUCGUACGGUCAGGCGUUGAACCACCAGGCGCACACACAGAACAUGCAUCAAGCGGCCGCCGUUGCCGCUGCUGCUGCCGUCGCAUCCGGCGGGGGAGGCUACCUCGGACCGCAGCUCGGUUUGCCAGGACAAACCGUGCCACCAUACCCCCAGUCACCGACCUCCUACGGCAGUGUCAUCCAACAUCGCAUGUCCAAUAAUCACACCCCGGCAAGUCUGCACAGUCCCCACCAGCGGUUGGGUGCGUCGCCGGUGUCAUCCUGUGCCGUUUCGUCGGCAAACAAUUUCUACGUGCAGCAGCAGCAGCAGCAGCAACAACAGCAACAACAAUCCGGCGCCAGCGUAAGCCACCCCGGUUCGCACACCCCGAUCCCGCAGGCACCAACACCGGCACCGACGCCCACUCCGACGCCGACGCCACAGCACGAACCACAGUCAUGCCAGGGACCGCCGGGUGCUGGCGGUGGCCAGCUGCAGCAGGGUGGUUCACUGUCCUGCCUGUCGAAACUCCAGCAACUAACCACCAACGUGGACAUUUGCCAUUCGCCCGUCACUCCGCCACCGUCCGCGCACCAUGCUCCCCACCCGCACGGUCCGGGGGCCGCAGGGUCCGGCGGCGGUGGUGCAUCGGGUGGGGCCGGUGCCAACAGCAUGGUGCAGAAUGUGGCCCGCAACAUCGCGACACCACCGAUCCAUUCGGCACAGAUGUCCACCAUCAACUACCACAAGUACUACGCGGGCAACAUGAACGUACCGACGAUCGCCCAGAAUGCGGCGGCCGCUGCCGCCGUGGCGGGCGCUGCUCGGCGGAACGCUUCGUCGGCGCAGAUCCAGCACAUGGCCAACACGUCCAGUCGCGUAAGCCCGAAUGUAGCGAUCAGCACCAACCUAAUGUCGCCGUACGGAUCACUCAACGGGUACCGGAUGACGGCGGCACAAUCGACCGGAACCGGUGGGUACAUCGGGAAUCCGGCCGCCGGCUUCAUCCAAAACCCGGCCCAGCUCGGGCCGGUGCAGAUGAUGAACAUGCAGUCCCAGUACCAGGACCCCAGUGCCAUCCAGCGGGCGCAGCAAAACUCCAUGUAUUCCUCGUAUUCGGCCUACCUGCCAGCCAUGAGACGCUAGGUGACGCACCGUGGUGGCGUAGUUGUAAAUGUAAAGAAAACGCAUGAACAUAGUGUAGUAGAUAGCCAAAAAGGGAUCGAACUCUGUGCCGAGGCCGGCCGGAGCUGAAGAGGUUUGAGGUAAAAUCCUUGUUUCAGAAUCAUUUUGUCUUUUAAGAGGCAAGCGCGAGAUUGAGAGCCGCACCCGGCCACAUUUCCUGUAUGUCACACGUUUGUAGUGUGCUUUUUUGUGUUUUACAACGCCAUUGCUCAAACGCAACGAUUUUUAACGAUCACACAGGGCCGCCACCGUACAGAGUAGGACCGAACGGGAAGGAAGGCAGUGCCAGUCAGUAAUUUGUUCUCAUUUAAAAUUUCUACAUUGCAUUUAGUUUCUACCAUUUGUUUGGGUGUUAGUAGCUAUACGGAUCGAUUGUGUGGCAGCACGUGAGCCGAGUCCACCCAAGAGUCAUUGUUUCGUUGGCAAGGCGAAUCGAUUCCCGUUUAAAAUUGUCUUAGUUGUGUACUGUACAUGUUCAUUUCUUUCUUAAUUAUCGUGUAAAGCGUGUGAGCGUCGUAGCUAUGUAAGGAAGUUUAGGGAUGAUCGUGAGAGCGAUGAUCGGUCCUCUCGACAGAAUGAGCAGUCGUAAGUAAUGCCAGAAAACAAAGGGAUAAUCAAAAGGCGCGCGCCUAUGUAAGUAUUUAAGAGCACUCUCAAGUACCGCGCCACCGCUACACCGCUGCUUCGUGGCACUCGUCUUUUGUCCCACUUUGCUCGUUAUCCGUUGACCACAUUUUAAUUCCUUCGUUUGUUCAGAAUAGUGUAACGCAUCGCGAAAAUAGUGACAGGGAAUCUGCGUGUCUGAUAGAGAGGUUUAUUUUGGCCGGCACGGCAUGCGCCUGCUACCGGGUGAACGGGAACUGAUCCUCGACCGAGACAACAGAAGCGUGAAAGCGAGGGUAAAAUGUGGCAUCCAAAUAUUCAGUAAUUUCUUACACGAAUAAUGCCGUCUGUCCGUGGGGAAGAUUGUCCGCAACGCGUACAGGGUUACUCGUUCUCGCCAAGCGUGUGUAGUAAUAACAUAACAUGUGGACAGCAUUAUUAACCGUCGCGCUUUAUUGAUAUAGAUAUUUAAAAUGAACAUCCGUUAAGGUUUAGCAGUAGCAGCAGGGGCUCUAGGGGCACGAUGGAGCGCGGGGCAAUAAGAGGUAAUAAACAAACGAAACAAAAAAGCACGGAAUGCAACGUUAAUCGGAACACUAGGAAGGCGAUCAUAUGUGAACUGUACACAUGUUGUUUGAAAGGUAAUAAACAA